AUGGAGAAUUACUUCUUUCCUCUGAAACGCUUUAGUGCUACCUGGAUCAGCUCCAGCUCCACUUCCUGGGUCAUUGAGACCAUCCUGGGCUUCCUGUGUGGAGUGGGGCUCUUCCUCCUAUUACUCCCCUACCUCCAGAGUAAUCCAUCCCACUCAACGCCUAAGAAAGAUAUAAAUAACAAAAAGCCUCAAGCAGAGACGAAGAAGAGCAGGAAGAGGAACAAAAGUGAAGCUGUGAAAGAUCUUUCAACCCCACCACCUGUUCUUCCUCCUUCCCCACCACAACCCUCUGAUGUGUUUGCUUGCCUUCAGCCUCCAACAUCUGCUUCACCACUUCCACAUACCAGUCUGAACCUUUCUCAAAGUGACUCAAUGGUGCUCCCACUGAAUCCCCUCUCAGCAAAUCCCUUGCCAAAUAACUGCUGGUUAGCUUCUGUACCAGUGGCCAAAAGCCUUGAACCCUCAAACCGUUCCAUAUCAACUCUCUCCUGGUGGCAGGCAACUUCCAAGACCUUGGGUUUCUCCACCUUGAAAGACUGUGACUCCCAGCAAAAAUAUACUUCCUGCCACACUCCAGAUGAUGCUUUGGGGGGCAAUCACACAGACAGGAGCACAGAGACCGGCAACCCCACUUUUUCUACUUCAGAUGUCCAGAAGCUCUUGGAAAUACAAGUCACAAAGAGAAUCGAAUUCAAGAUUUGGGAGGAAAAGGAACAGGAUGGAUCAUUUCCAAAUCAAAUUAGCUCAGAUUACCACUUGAAUUCAUUGAGGAAUAUGUUAAAAUCAUUGGGUGAUGAGCAGAACGCCAUGGUCUCCCAGCCCAUGUGGCGCUCCAAAGGCACCUCACAGCAGGUGCUCUCAUCUCACAAGACUUUACAAGACCUGCAGCAAAAAUACAGCCAGCUCUUCUGGGGUCUCCCCUUUCUGCACAGUGAAUCCUUAGUUGCUACUGUCAGGGUCGCUGGCUCUUCACUGGAACAUCCCUCUGUUUUGUUCAAUGGGAUCUCCAAUGCUUUACCAAUCCCAACACAGGCUAAAGUAUCCCCUUCACAUUACCAGACCCAAUGCUUACCGUACCAGGUGGCCCAAAUUCAACCUUCCAUUUCAACCAUGUCCCAAUCUCAGGUCCCACAUUUAGCUCAGAGCCGAGCUCAUCUCCAACCCUCGCUCUCAUUCUUACCUUCUUCCUUACCCCGUGGAGUAUGUGGCCCCACGGACUGUCACGAGGAACCCUCUCUCAGCUCAACUAGAAUCCAUCGCCUGGAAUGGCCCUUGUUGCCUGAACAGUCACAAAGUAGAAAGGCUUUACCCUCUGUGGCCACAAGGUCUCAAGAAACCAUUACUCGUCCUCUCAGUCGUGUCAAUCUUCCCCAAGAGAGUUGGUCCUCCGAGGCUCACAAGUCAGACACCAUCAUCCCUAGAGAUUUUAUCAGUCCCGAACUCCGGAAGCAACUGGAGCAACAUCUUCAAAAGAGGAUCAUCCAUCACCAGCAUGGGCUGCCCCACAGGAUCCAAGAGUUUCUGGAGCUGACCAAACCUCUGAGAAAAUUAUCAACAAUGUGUCAGGCAGAGGACCACAAUGGAACUCCCUGGCCCUCCACACAGACCAGUGAAAGCAACAAAGAGGUACAGGGGAUGGGAUCCAGGCACCACGGAAGACCCAGGCACUCGGAAAACUUCCAUGUAUGUGGAGUGGCAAAUUUUCAGCUAGGAAGUGAUCUGGGCAAGGGUCGGCGGCGUAGUCUAGAGGAGAUCCCAAGGCAUAAAAUACCUUGGAGGUCAGAAACCUGCCAAGGGAGGGUUCUAGAAGUAAACUCUGAGAAGGAACCUAAAAAUAAUGUGAUAAGGCACUCGAGGAAUAAUUCAGGGAAUUACAUAGUGAGGGACCCACAAAAGAAACAACUAGAAAACACCCUGAAUGCCCAUUUGAGCAGGAAGUCAGGGCAGAUUAUUGAGAAUAGCAUCCCUGUAGAUGUUCGUAAAUCCUGGCUUGCCGUGAACCAUAUCUUGUCUAAAUCUGACACCAACACUAAAAAUGGAAACCUGGUGUCAUUAGAGGGUCAGGCAUCCUGCGUCAACACCACCAGGGGGCUUUCUUUUCUCAAUGUGGGUACUCGCUGGGUGUUGGAAUCACAUAUUGUAAAGUUUUGGGUAAGACACAGAUGGUGUCUACCUCUCAAAGUCCUAAAGCUCAUAAAACUCUUUAAGGCAAAAAAGGACAGCCCAUCGCCACCUCUGAAGUCCACCUUUUCCUCUUCAACCACCCUUGAGUCUUUGGCUGACUCAAGAGCUGAGGCUGCCAAGUUUUGGGAAGAAAACCCUCAAACCAGCUGGGGAGAGAAAGUGACCCCCCUAAAAUCAGCUCUCGUCCUUGAGAGUCCCGUCCCUACCUCCUCACCUGCCAGUGAGGAAGACUGGAAGACCCUGGCAUGUCCCUCACCUGUUAAUGACCGUGGGUUCUCAGAGAUCCUUCGGAGUGGGCAGGAGUUCAGGCAGCCCUUUGAUCCCCUCACAUCCAGCAUCCUAGAAAGAUCCUUACAGAACAGGGCUCUCCUGAGGGUCCAGAGAGGCAGUCUACUGUCAAUUCCAAAUGAAGCCAUAGCCAGGAUAAUUCCAAGGAAGGAGAAUGUGGGAUGUACCUGUGGAAGUCCAAGGCCCAGUGUCGCGAUGUUGACAAUGCAUUUUAAUCCCCAAUCUUCAAAGGCUGAAGAGAUCGGGGAGGCCUCAGUGGCUGAGGUGUCUUCUGGGCCACAGCUACAGGACAGGGACACCUGGGGAACCAGCAUGCUGGCAACAUCUCAAAACAGAAAUGUAGAACUGAGGGCGUUAGGGCCUUCAGGGGCCAGUAAAAGGUCCCCAUCGCCUAAACUGGCUGAUCAAGAUCUAGAAGAGACUUGCUUUAUAUCGCCAGGGGUUAGUGAGUUUGGAUUCAAAUUGGAGUCCGAGUCCGAGAACCCGUCUCAAGACUGUUCCACUAAGAUGCUUCUUCAAGACUACGCCAGGGAGGUGCUGGUGGCCGCAGAUAACUUGAUUUGUCAGAUCUCUCAGUCCCGUCCCCACAGCGUGUCCAGUGGAGACAUUUCAGCUUCCUAUGAACUUAUAGAAGCCAGAAGGAGUGGCCUGGAGCAGCAGGAGUCCCAACUGUCAAACCUUCAGGAUCCAUGGAAGAACCAGGGUGAGAUAUUUGCUCACAGUCACGAGAAAAUCGGCUCUCCCAAGCUAGGAAAGUAUCACAGAGGCUUUGCACAACUGGAGGCCCCACAGUCGAGUGUGAUGAGCCAACUUUCCCAGGCCAAGGGAGGAGUGGGCGACAUGCCUGGAAACAAGCACUUGCAGAUCCCGCCCGAGAAGGGAAAGGCUCCCGCAGAGAGCCACUUCCGAAAAAGAAUGAAGCACUUUCUUCAGUGGAUUUUCCCCAGUAAAAAAGCCAGCAGGAAGGAUGACACUUUGCCAAAAGGAAAGCCCGUGCCAAACUCUGCCCCGGACCAGGAAGCAGUGAAAAGCACUUGGGUCUUUACUGACAGGGAGGUUACUGAGGCUCAGGCGCUCAUGACAGCUGUUGGCCAAAUUCUGGAGGAUAAAAUUGUGCUUCAUGCUUCAAAGUCAAGUGAGCAAAAAGAGGAAAUCCAAGAAAGCCAGGCCCUGAAUCCAGCGUGA